CUACUUUUCAUUUGCGAUAGUAAGCACAUAAAACAUUUCUAAUUGUUAGCUAUCAGGGAUAGUCGUAUAUGGAGAAGCGUCUUAUCGUUAACUGCACAUCGUAAAUCGUAGAGCGAUAAGUCAACAACGGUCCGGAGCCUCACACUUCGAACUACAGGAAGCUGAAAAAACAAUAGGACAAAUGCCCGAAUUUUUUGAGGCGAAAGGCUACGAGCAGACGAUGGAGAUGCUGAAGAAGCUCGAAGCCAAAAGCCUAGUCUACCUUUACUUUACUGGUGAAAAGGACAAGACGGGGAAGAGUUGGUGUCCAGAUUGCGUGGAUGCCGAGCCCACAAUUCUGUCUGGCAUACGCAAGCACGCCUUAUCGGAUUCUAUUAUUUUGGUUGUGGAUGUUGGGAACAGAGAUGCCUGGAAAGAUAUGAAAGAUAAUAAGUUCAGACAGCCCCCUAUUAGUAUUAAUUCUAUACCGUCCAUGCUACGCUGGAAGGGCGUCGAACGUCUUGACGGAAACCAGUGCGGCAAUCCAUCACUUGUCGAAAUGUUCUUCGAGGAAGCCAAGUCAGAUAGCUCUACAAGCAUACCCGGACUAGGACGUUAAAUGCAGCUCAACGUUUUUUGGCAAGUGCCGAUCAAUAUUUUUAUAUCCAUAUUUAAAUGUUUAAAUAAUUUUUUUUGUUUUGUAUUUUUAUAAUAUAUAAAGUGAGAAAUUUUAUAAUAAAGACUAAAUUGUA